CAAUUCAGUAUUAAACACACUAUUCAUUAAAUCAUCAACUACCUUUCUAUGAAUAACAUGGCCACUUUCAAAUACAUUUUACAUUUUUUCUAAAUUCUUACCAAAUAUAUUAUUUUCCAAAUUUUAGAAGUUUCUCAAACUUCCGAAAAAUUACAAACCAACACAUGAGAGUGAUUUUAUUUUUGCCCACAAAAAAAAAAAGAGUGAUUUUAUUCUCAAAAGCUUAGUUGGAUUAAAGUUUUAUGAUUGCUUAUGUGCUAAUUAUUGAUAACCAUCAAUUCACCGAAAGAUAAAGAGAGUAUAUUAUUGGCCAUAUAAUGCAACUUUUUAAACCAGCCGAGUGGGCUUCAUAAUUUAAUCAUGGUGUUUUUCCCCCACCUCUUUUGGUAGAAAAUAAUGGCUUGAUUUCAUCAAAAUGUCUGCAACUAAAGAAUUUAUUCAUGAUAUAGCAUUUGGGGAAAAAAAAAUAUGGUAUAAAAUUUUAGGGUGUGCCUACAGUGAAAUGCAUGUCACGGUGACUUGUAUUUUCCGGUCGACCUCAUAUAGGAUCUGGUCGACCUCAUUUAGGAUUCGGUCGACCUCAUAUAGGAUCAGGUCGACCUAAUCUGUUGUUUCAGUGUAAAAACAGUUCAUGGUAUCUACUUUGGAUAUUCAUAUCAUACAAUUGGCUAGAUGGAAAUUAAAGACUAAUGACAUGUUUUGAAGCUGGAGUGUCCCUCUACAUAUUGAAGUGAUUGAGAGCUCGAUAGGAAGUCCAGAAGAUCAUUUUUGAACCUCAGUGGCGAUUCCGACUCCCGAAUUCGGCAGAGUUCGAAAAGGAGGACUCUGAGACGCCUUCGGUCGCGGAGACCAAAAUUGGGCAUUCUUGGCGUCCAAUGAUAGUUUCUUUGGUUUGUGAUCGAAUCAAGCAUCAAUUCAACACCUCUGGGCACUUCGGGGGCCGGUUUCCAGUGUUGAAUCAAUUGCAAGCUCGGGUGCAGAUGUUGUUCAAAUUGAUCCCUUCGGGGAGGGAUACUGCGACGACCUGAAAGGUAGUAAGAAGGUGGAAAUCAGUUCCACAAGCCCCAUCUCUUAUGUCGGCGGUUGGGACCUGAUUGGCCGGUCUGGCGGCGCCGCCGGUGUUUGCUGGCGGAUGGGGUCUCAGUUGCAUAAGGAGGAAAAAGAGGGUUUUUCGGGCGAUUGUUUCGCAGGGGUGGGCGAGAUCAGCGGAGCUCUGUUCCGAUCCAAAUCGAAUCUCAACCCCAGGAUUUCUAGUCCUAAACCAACACGUUCUCUAACAGAAAAUCGGAUCAGGGGAGUCUCCUUCUUGCUGGAGAACUCGGACUCCAUUCUAUUUAAAUGGACUUCUCCCCUCCCUGCUUCCCCACUUUGGUGUACGUCUCGACGCAUUGGGUUUACUGGCUAGGAAAGAAGAGAAAGGUCCAAUCAACUGCUCCCUGCUCCAAGAAAGCAUCGAGGUAUUGGUUCUCUCGCCCUCAUCCAUACGCCUCCUUUCGCGUUGACGAACCUCCUCUUCCCCGUUUCGACGGGUGCUCAAAACUUCUGGCCGGGCGCUGCAACGGUGCAGCUUCUCCUCCCUGCUUCGGCGAAAACCCCCGCCACGUCGAGGAGCUCCCUGGCUUCGCCGGUGUCGGCGGACCCUGAUCUACCUGUUCUGCCUGGUAAACGAGGGGGAGGCGAAACAAGCCUGCCGCUGCUGAGAUUUGGGCAGGCCUGGAGUGGCCCACGUGAUCCGAAACAGGCUGCUGCCUUUAGGGCCAGCCCACAGAAGUUUACUUUGGGCCUCGCGGACAGAAGUGCUGACCCAAUAAUGCAUUUUUUUAAUU